AUGAAUUCUCGUUACAACGAUCUAUCUCUUUGUGCCUCUGGGAUCGGUUGUAGGGUCGUUCGUGGACCAGACUGGAAGUGGGGAAAUCAAGAUGGCGGUAAUGGUCAUGUUGGUUCUCUUCGUCGUUUCGAAGCCCGCGGGGAGGCCGUUGUGUUAUGGGACUCUGGCAUAGUAGCCAACUACCGUUGCGGUGCCCUCGGUUUCGAUUUGCGCGUGCUGGACAGCUCACCCACGGGUAGGCGUCACUUGGACACGAUUUGUGAGAGCUGCAACGAAUCCCCAAUAUAUGGCAUACGCUGGAAAUGUAUGCUCUGUCUCAAUGUCGACCUCUGCUCUUCCUGCUACCAUGGUGAUAAACACUGCCUCAGUCAUCCCUUUCUCAGAAUUACUACACCGCACGGUGUUCGAGUCGCAGUGGGACGCCGCUCAAAAGCCCAAAAGACCGAUGCGGUUGGUCUUUUUCCACGAGCCCGCGUGGUACGCGGUUUCGAUUGGCGCUGGGGCACUCAGGACUGUGCCACUGUGAUACCCGCUUCUGCUUCUACUGCGGGUAACGUGGGCACCGCUCUGACUAACGCUCUGGUGCCGCAGACCUCCCCUGGUGCUUCUGCCGCCUCACCGCUGGCCACCUGUGAGAGUGCCACUCCCUGCCAGGGUCGAAUUAUCGAUCGACGCGACUGGUUCCAGUGGGCACCCAAAUCUGCUGUCUCCGUCGCUUGGGACUCUGGUGCCUACAAUGUUUACCGUGUUGGCUACAUGGGAAUGGUCGAUCUCAAGGCUGUUCGACCCGCCAAAGGAGGUUCAUACUACGCUGAGCAUCUUCCUCUUCUCGGCGACCUUCGAGAUCUCCCUUCUCAAUUGGAAACCGAUUCUUCCACUUCCGUUAUUGCUAUACCCUCGCAGCUGCAGCCACCACCGUCCCAACCGAUCGAAAACAUCGUCUGGACGGCGGCUCCGCGCACUCGUAGUCAAAUUGCAGCCUCAUCUUCGACGGGGGUUGCCGAGGUCUAUGAGGAGUCAGUGGUCAUCGAUCCGGGAGACAGAAUUCCUCUAACUGACGCGGAAAGUGGGGCUCGACCCAGUUCAGUACCUACUCAGCGCCCCAGGGGUGGUGCUGGCGGUGGAGCUGGGUCGUCGCGGACGCUUCUGGCAGACCUCUUCUGUGCUGGUGGCGGUAGUGGCUCCGCUCCCUCUGAGGAUGGCAGCGCGGUUACUCUAGGAAGCAGUUCGCCACUCGCCGCCUCGUCUCGUCCCUCACCUGCCAGUAGGAGCAGGCAGACGGUGCUACCGGGGCCUUGUCGAUCGACUACGCUUCGUUUGCGACCUGGAGCUGUUAUUCAACUGCGCCUACGAUCGAUGGUGAAUGAAAACGCGGUGGCUGCGGCAACUUCUUCUGGCUCGGAAGCUGUUGAGCCGUCUAACCGAACUCCAUUCCUCCACGCGGAGCGUGGCAUGACUAUCUCUGCUUUGCUCACACACCAUAACUACACCUACCUCUCACUCCCCAGCGUGGUUGAGCGCGUGGACGACGCGACAGGAUCGGUUGUUCUCCUUAUCCCCCAGACAGGACAGCGUUUCACUCUCACCAGCUCUGCUACCGCCACUUGUCAGCAGCAGUGGCAGGGACGAAGCGAAGAACGACUGCCCUCUCGUCACGUCUCUGCCAAUUCCAAUCUCAUCACACGCAUGCGACGUCGCGAUUCCUACGCUCGUGCAGCUGCUGCUGCCUCUGCCUCCACUUCCACGUCUGCCGUUACCGUUGGGGAAACUGGUCUCGUGGAUGGUCAACAACCGCCUGAGACGUCACAGCCAUCCCAAUCACAAUCGCAGGAAACUCAUGAGUCUAUGCCACGCAGUCUGUUGAAGCAGUCGAGCAAACAAGUAGCGGAAGAGCUCAUGUUUGCAGCCGCUGAGGGUAAUGUCAAAAAGAUUACUUGGCUCAUCAAGCACCGUGACAUUGACAUAAACACGCACUAUGCGGGGGCCACCGCCCUCCACGUGGCCUGCCAGUCGGGUCACCUGAACUGCGUGGAUGUGUUGUUGCAGCAUGGUGCAGACUGUCGGGAGCGCGAUGCCGACGGUAAUCAGGCGCUGCAUGCAGCGGCUCAGGGCGGUGCGCUGCCCGUGCUGCGUCGCAUCGCGGCUACUCUAAGUCUAAUAGAGCGCGAGCCUCAUCCCUUCACCUCGAGCACCGAGGUUUCGCUACCACCGGACGUGAACGCACGUAACGCGCUUCGUCAAACACCACUCCAUCUUGCCACUGUCGGUAGACAUCUGGAGUGUGUCAGGUCGCUGCUGGAGGAGUUCAAUGCUAUCCCUAGCCUUCAGAAAAUUUGCGAACUUCAGGAUUGUGAUGGUGACACACCACUGCAUGAUGCAGUCUCUGGUGAAAACCUUGCUAUGGUGGAACUGCUUCUGGCCAACCGGGCGGACCUUGCGAUAACUAAUAGCCUCGGACACAACUGCCUCCAUCACGCCGCUAUGUUGGGUAAUCCUAGUGUGUUCUGCGCCCUGAUAUCGUACUGCGAUCAAAUGCCCUGGCUGUUGGACGAGGCGCGUCCAGACGGUUUUACACCACUGCACUUGGCCGUGCUCUACGGCCAUACGGCGAUUGUGGAUUGCCUUCUCCUCCUCCCUCCUGCUACAACAGGUUCGACGGCUACAGGAACAUCUGGAGGGGCGGCAGUGAAUGUGAAUGCGGAGAGCGCACUCAUGCUGGCGGGCAGUUCCAGCACGGCCCUGGGCAAUCGGCUCACUCCACUGCAUCUCGCUGUGCAGAAGGGGAACGUGCCCGUCGUCUGUCUACUGCUCGCUCACGGUGCUCUCCCCUGUGCUUGCGACGCCGCUGGAAAGAGUCCCCUUGAUCUUAGUCUCGCCCUCCUUCGACGCUCCACUGCCUCCACUACCACCACCACCUCCGUCUCCGCGGCCGCUACCGAUCUAUCACCCUCUGAUAUCAACUUUUCCGAGGAGCCACAGUCGGAAUCACCACAACGAACUACAACUGUUGAAGGCAAUCGAAUCGAGCUGUCCAUGGUUCCCUUCCUCGCUUCCGUGGCGCGGCACUUGGUCAUCUCGACUAAUUGUGUAACACCACCUCGUGAAGAGCAGUCGCUACAGACUCUGCCUAGUGCGUUGCGUAGUCGCAUCGAGUCGGUGGUGCAAACAGCACUAAACAGCGGCAUCUCUGCGCCUCUCCUCAUCGCCGCUUGUUUGGUGGCCGCGGUGGGUCUACAGCCCCGCGACGUCGAACCGACUGACGUCGUCGCUCCGCCCUCCUGUCUCUCCACCUUGGAGGACUCCGUUCUCGAACUUGCUCUCCAGCAGUGUUUUCUGGAAGCUUGCCUCGCUUCUGCCGCCAACGCAGAGGUUCCCAAUGGCGCAAAUGACGACGGCAGCAGUGGUGCCGAUAAUGAUCGAGGUGGGGGCCUGACGCAUCAACAACAUUGUCUCCUCGAUAACAGCGAGACAUCCACGCUGAAUGACUUUUUUGCCACCGACAACCGGUCGGAGACGCGAGUACUUCAGUCGGGAACUGUCAGCCCAACAGGAUCCUCUAUGUCCAUUGCGAACUUCUUAGUACCCUCAAAGUGGUCUGCAGGUGCUGCAGUGCCUGCGGAACUCAGCCAUCAACAGCAGAAACAAGCCGACUUUCCACUGAAUCUGUUGGAACUCAAUGAGGAGUUGCGGGAGUGUAUGGUCUGCUCGAGUCGGGAUAGAGGUGCUCUUCUUACACCUUGUGGUCACAUUGUCGCCUGCCAACAAUGCACACAGCUCCUCAAAAAGUGCAUCAUUUGCAGACAACAGGUUGAAGUUUAUAGAGAGAUCCCAGCCUGUCGAGAGUGCACUUUUAGACCGGCAGUGACUCUAACACGUUCCUGCAAUCACUUCCUCGUCUGUCGAGAGUGUCUAGUGCCGCGAGUGGCUCGGCUCAACCGAGCUUUGGAAGUGGCGGGCGACGACGAUGACGAACAGACGAAACCGGAGUGGCUAUUGGGCGAGGGAGAGGGAGAGCAGCGGCGUCACCAGCUCCUUCUCUCGCUCUUUAACGCCGGUGAACUCUGUCCCGAUGGUGUGUGUCCGGAAUGUGGGCAGAUUGUCACUGCAGUGUGGAGUCUCGAGGUGGCUGUCGGUGGGGUUGGUACCGGCAUUGAACGCUUCCCCGCUCUCCCCUCCUCUGCCGCUGAUGCCGGGACCGUGAGACGAACUGCUCUGAUUUCAACGAACCCACAAGACUUGCUUGUGCCCAUUGCUGCCUCCCAGACCUCCACUGUUUGGGUGGCUUCUGAGAAUAAUCAAGGUAAACAAAUCCUGGGACAAAUCAAGUUAGAACUAGUCUGGGAUUGGUUAAGUGCUUUGACGAUUUCUCAGACACUGCCUCGGUACACACAGGCGGGUGGGACAAACGCACGACCGAACAAUAUGCGUCCCUCAGGCUCGAUCAUCUCGAGUGGUCAGUCGUCAUCCCGUGAACUCAAGCGCCUACAACACGAGCUGCAGGCCAUGCGCGAACAGACUCGCUGUCCCAUCUGUUUGGAUCGGUCGCGGAAUUUGGUUUUCAUGUGCGGUCAUGCAACUUGCCAGUGGUGCGGUGAUCAGGUCGCCGUCUGUCCUAUCUGUCGUCGCACUGUGACCGGUCGCAUUGUGCUCUACUAA